AUGAUCGUUGCGCUAGCUCCGCUCACGUCGUCUGCAGUCUGUCUCCUGGUUUGGAUACUCCCACUUACUGCCGCACUCCAAAAUGUCACGAUUGACGACACAAUCGGAGAUCCCAUUACCGGCCUUAUACCGGCAUACGCCCCGUCGAACAAGUGGGCUCUCGGACAGCAGUGCAGUACGUGCAACAUCCACUCCGGCACCACAAAUGGCACAAUCGACCUCGGCCAGGUGUUCAAUGGAACCUGGCACGACUCAACCUACUCCGUUGGCGACCCUGACCACACAGUCUCCGUUUCUUUCAACGGUAUCUCUGUCUAUGUUUACAAUAUCAUCGCCAACGAUCUACCUGGGACGACGACGUUCACGAACCUCACCUUCUGGAUCGACAACGAAGUUGUGGGCAGUUUCACUCACUCUCCGGAGAAUACCGAGGCAUUCUUCUACAGCCAGGCUGUAUACGUGAACGAAACCCUACCGAACGGUUUACAUUCCCUCGUGAUGCACGCAGGUGGAGCUAGCGAGUCUCUAAUCCUUUUCGAUCGCAUCGUAUAUACCUCGCAGGAUGACCCGUCCUCUACUUCCUCUGCCGCCUCAUCCUCAUCUCCAUCCCAAUCGUCUCCCACUUCGCAAGCUCUGUCGAGUCACAGCGCGGGCAAGUCUUCCACACCUGUGGGCGCUAUAGUUGGCGGAGUGGUUGGCGGAGUUGGGGUGAUCGUCCUGUUGGGGUUGCUGGUGUUCUGCCUGAGGCGGAAACGAGACGCGGCACACCGGCCUGAUGCAGACAGAGUGGACCCUUUCAUUAUCGACGAACGGUCCGGACGGCCGCCAGGAAGGCCAUCGGAUCGACGGUUCUCUCGCACACCAAAGUUGCCCGACUUGCGCUUCGGGCGGAUGCGGCUUAUGCCUCGGGGACCUGGGUCUACGGCGACGACAACGACGACUGAUGCAAGCUCGUCGAGCCGAUCGGGGGAUGGUUUCCAGGGGCACCGUCCACGGCUGCCACCCAUUUCUCCGUCUGAGACGGCUCGGAUCCAGGAACAGGCCGAGUACUUGUCCCGAAUACAGGGCUUAGAGGCGCAGGUGCGCGCGCUUGAGAUGCAGCAACAGCUCGCCUCUACGUCGGAUUUGUCCGGGAGCCGAACCCAGCAGAGCAAAACGGACUCCAGCGAGCGAGGGCGCCGGUCGAGGGGUUCGAGUCCACGGGCAAGACGGGGACGGUCGCCCCACUCUAGCACCGCGGGCUUACGGUCCGAGCUCGCGUCUUUGAGGAACGAAAUAGCAGCGCUACGAGGGGAGCUGACGCAGGACCAGUUGGUGGUAUUGGAGGCAGCACCGUCGUACGUCUCGUAG